GACACGCCUAGAGGUGGCUAGUAUCUUUCAGCGGGCAGGUGUAUCCUGUGCACCAGCAGACGGAGCAGUCUAAGAAAGGCUGCACCUUUCUUUUUAGACUCACGGUUUGAUUCUGUUGACAUAACUGGCUGCACAACAAGGCUGAGAGGCCCCACCAGUUUCAGGGUCAGACCUCAGGGCCGACGAUGGAAAGAUUUGAAUACGGGCACUUUGUGGACGGCGUGAGAGAGAGCCAGACCGACUAUCGGAGGGUUGUAGGGGACACACAGCCGUCAGAUAUGAGUGCCCUGUCCAAGGAAGGGGAUCAUCACGUCCAGCACAUUCCUCUUGUUUAUGGACAUGAAACUGCAGCACAGCGCUACAUCGCCACACGGAUUCAAGCAGGUCUUUCUCCAGAAAACAUGGCGGAUUAUUUAAUCAGUGGCGGUACGGGCUACAUCCCAGAUGACGGACUGUCGGCACAGCAGCUCUUUUCGGUUGGUGACGGCCUUACAUACAACAGAUCUGACCAACAGUGUGUUGUCUCGGAUGGCCAUACGGCUGCAGAGCUAUGCUCUAAAGGCGAUGGGUUGACUUACAACGACUUCCUGAUUCUACCUGGCUUCAUUGACUUUACCUCAGAUGAAGUGGACCUAACAUCGGCACUGACCAAGAAGAUCACCAUAAAAACCCCGCUCAUCUCCUCCCCCAUGGACACCGUCACCGAGUCCGCCAUGGCAAUUGCGAUGGCGCUAAUGGGAGGAAUGGGGUUCAUUCAUCACAACUGUACACCUGAAUUCCAAGCCAACGAGGUCCGGAAGGUCAAGCAUAUGAGGUUCGAACAGGGCUUUAUCACAGACCCAGUCGUAAUGAGUCCACGCCACACCGUUGGAGAUGUGUUUGAGGCCAAAGUAAGGCACGGGUUCUCCGGGAUCCCCAUCACAGAGACGGGGAAAAUGGGCAGCAAGCUGGUUGGGAUAGUCACCUCCAGAGAUAUCGACUUCCUCUCUGAGAAAGACUACAGCAAACCUCUGGAGGAGGCUAUGACGAAAAGAGAGGAUUUGGUGGUCGCUCCAGCUGGUGUUACGCUGAAAGAAGCCAAUGAUAUUUUGCAGAGGAGCAAAAAAGGCAAGCUUCCCAUUGUGAAUGAUAACGACGAGCUUGUGGCCAUCAUUGCCAGGACGGAUCUGAAGAAGAACAGAGACUACCCUUUAGCGUCGAAAGACUCCCGCAAACAGCUUCUCUGCGGCGCUGCCAUCGGUACCCGGGAGGAUGAUAAAUACAGACUGGACCUACUGGUGCAGGCUGGGGUUGAUGUUGUUGUACUGGACUCUUCACAAGGCAACUCAGUGUUUCAAAUCAGCAUGAUCAACUAUAUUAAACAGAAGCAUCCUGAAUUACAAGUUGUUGGAGGAAAUGUGGUCACAGCAGCUCAGGCCAAGAAUCUGAUCGACGCCGGCGCGGAUGCUCUGAGGGUUGGGAUGGGCUGUGGCUCCAUUUGCAUCACGCAGGAAGUGAUGGCCUGUGGGCGACCUCAGGGAACCUCUGUGUACAAAGUAGCCGAGUAUGCAAGACGUUUUGGCGUACCGGUGAUUGCGGAUGGUGGUAUUCAGACCGUGGGCCAUGUGGUGAAGGCGCUGUCUCUCGGAGCAUCGACUGUUAUGAUGGGAUCCUUGCUCGCUGCAACCACCGAGGCUCCUGGAGAGUACUUCUUUUCGGACGGCGUGCGGCUGAAGAAGUACCGGGGUAUGGGCUCUCUGGAUGCGAUGGAGAAAAGCACCAGCAGCCAGAAGCGCUACUUCAGUGAGGGUGACAAGGUGAAGGUAGCUCAGGGCGUGUCGGGCUCGGUCCAGGACAAAGGCUCCAUCCAUAAGUUUGUACCGUACCUCAUAGCUGGGAUCCAGCAUGGCUGCCAGGACAUCGGAGCAAAGAGCCUGUCUAUCCUCCGUUCUAUGAUGUAUUCUGGGGAGCUGAAGUUUGAGAAGCGAACCAUGUCUGCACAGGUGGAGGGAGGCGUUCAUGGACUACACUCAUAUGAGAAGCGACUUUACUAAAUGGUCAGAGGAGUGAAAACGAUCCAAUCUGACAGUGACCAAAUGUUUAAAAACUUCUGCCAAAAUCCGCAACGACAUCCUCUCUGCUUCCCGUGCGUUGUGCCCACUCCCUGACUUAUCACCGACGGCUGAUUUGGAGAGGAGGGCGGCAUCGUAGCAAAUGGAGAUCCUUCAAACUGACACGACUUCUCUAAACACCUCGAAUUCUGCUGUUAAGAAGUGGCGCAUCAGGGUUAAUGUUAUGUUUUUUUUGUUUUUUUUCCUCCUUCUUCUUUGUUGGGGUUUUGUUGUUUUUUUGUAUCAAGAAUAUGCAGCCCUAAACCAGGUUAUUGCGCGUGGGCCGAUAGCCCUGCGAGAGACCACCGAGUGAAUUCCAGGUUGUGUGUGACUACCGUGCAGUUGGGACAAAGCGAAGGUGCACUGUUGUUUGUCCCCCUGAGAAACGGCCGGGGAUGCAGCUCAGCAGCGUCUCCC